AUGGCGACCAAGCUAGCGGACCCCCAUUUCAACGUUUCCUCCAAGGUCGACAUUUUGAUCGGAGCAGAAAUAUUUUGGGAGCUACUUUGCAUAGGACAAAUCGAGGCCACUCACAGCCAUCCAACUCUGCAAAAAACAAGAUUAGGAUGGAUUCUGGCUGGACGUCGCAGCAUCACAGCGGCGCCUGCAGAAAACGUGCGAGCAUUCACCACAGUCAUAUCCAAUGCUCAACUGCACGAUCAACUAACACGGUUCUGGCAAAUUGAACAUCUCGGCAAUCAAGUCGUGAACAACAAGGACGAUGCUUACUGCGAGGAGCAUUUCGAAGCUAACGUUGGCCAGAACGAACAGGGCAGAUACAUAGUAAAACUUCCAAUCAAGGAAGAAUUAAUCGGCAACCUUGGCAGCACAAGGGACAUCGCAUUGCGACGCUUACAAGGAACAGAGCGUCGGUUCAUACGAGAUCCCAACUUAAGGGACCAAUAUGUCCACUUCAUGGACGAAUAUUUGAAACUAGGACACAUGAAGGAAGUCAGCGUGUCUCCACUUGAGGAUACAGCAUCUUUCUACUUGCCUCAUCAUGGCGUCUUCAAGGGCGCUAAACAGUCAUCCAAGAUUCGUGUCGUUUUCGACGCUUCAAGUAAGAGCGACACAGGAUUAUCAUUAAACGACGUCUUGAGAGUCGGCCCAAUGGUGCAGCAAGAUUUGAUGUCAAUCGUGAUGCGAUUCCGCACCUUCGUUCACGCUUUGAUCGCAGACAUCAUAAAAAUCGACUCCAAGGCGGACAUCAAGACAUACGAACUGAUGACAGUGACCUAUGGCACGUCAUCGGCUUCUUUUCUCACAACCAGGUGCAUUAAACAUCUAGCCGAUCAUCAUUCAUCCACGUUUCCCAUUGGAUCAGCGUGUAUAAGGCGCGACUUCUAUGUCGACGAUCUACUAAUCGGUGCAGACACCAUCCAAGAAGCGGAGACUCUUCGAGAUGAAGCGAUCGAACUACUGAGGCUAGGCGCAUUUGAGCUUGAAAAAUGGGCUUCCAACACCCCGGAAUUGCUGGACGCAACACCCAAUAGAAAUGACAAACCCGUUGUCAUCGACGACGACGAAAGCGCUCACAUCUUGGGGAUCAAAUGGAACGCCAACACAGACACGUUACAUUUUUCAUACGACCCUGUCAUGUUACAUGACGCAAUUUCAAAACGCAAAAUUCUAUCGGACAUUUCCAAAUUAUACGAUCCGUUAGGUUUACUUGGUCCGAUCAUAGUCAUCGCCAAGUUAAUACUGCAAGAUCUCUGGCGAGCAGGCAUCGAUUGGGACGAGUCAGUUCCUCAGAACCUACACGUACGAUGGAUCACCUUCAAGUCGCAGUUGACGGAGCUCAACCGACUAGCCAUUCCCAAACGUGUCAAAUACAGCAUUGAACGUCAACAUAUACAAAUACAUGGCUUCUGUGAUGCCAGUCAAAAUGCAUAUGGAGCCUGCGUGUACAUACGGACUGAGCUCGAUGCGAACAAGUAUCGUUCAGAACUUCUUUGCUCCAAAUCAAGAAUUGCGCCGUUGAAGGCUGUAUCAUUGCCAAGGCUGGAACUAUCUGCAGCGCUUCUACUGGCACGGCUGAUGGACAAGGUUCGAUUGUCAAUAGAUACGUCUGACAUCAAGGUGUAUUUAUAG